CGCGCGAUGCUGUCCGUCGCGGUCGGCGCCGCGGUCGCGCUCCACCUGUCCGCGCUCACCCCGCACGCCCUCGCCAAGACCGUGAACAUCGCCAUCGACCAGGCGAGCCUCGCGCAGGAGUCGUGCGGUCGCGCGGGAGGAGUUCCCGGUACCGGGACGUACAAGGCGACGUGCAUGAAAAUAAAGGGCAAAGCCACCAACCCGACCUCGGAGCCCGUCUUCAACGCCGACGUCUACGGCCUCGUGAAGGACCAGGCCAACGACGACGUCCUCAACAGUGGGAGGGUGGGCAGCAUAGACAAGCUGGAGCCCGGGGUGAACGACUUUGUGCUGCAGAUCACCGUCGCGGACUCGCAGCCGCUGCCGUUGAAGCUGAAAAACUUCAAGGCGCAGGGGGUGA